AUGGAAGUUAAAAACCAAGAUCGUGUUGAUUCUUCUUCACUUCAUAAUUACUCGAUAGAUCAUAUCCGUGAUGAAAAUCUGAAAAGUUUAACAGUACGCAAGAAAUUACAUCUCGUUUUUGAUUUAGAUAAUAUACUUCUUCAUUCAAAAGAGACUAAAGAUUUAAGCUCUUUUGAUCAAAAUUACUUACAACGUAAUGAAUGUCAAAGGUGGUUACAAGAAGGAAAAUUGUACAGAUGGACACAGGGAAAACAAUGGAACGGAAAAUACUUGGUGACCAAAUUAAGGCCAUAUGUUCGAACUUUCCUUCAAGAAGCAAACAAAUUGUUCGAUUUGUCGAUAUUCACACUAGGAGAUCUGGUAUAUGCAAGGAAGAUGCUUGACAUACUUGAUCCUGAGGGGUUGUAUUUUGCACAUCAUUCGCAAGUGCUUACGAGAGAAGAUUGUAUAUCACCGUUGAAAAAAGGACUAGAUCCUGUAUUAUCACAUGAAAGGGUUGUCUUAAUAGUUGAUAAUACAAAAGAUGUUUGGGACAAUAAUACUAAAAGUGUCAUUGAAAUACCAUCGUACAACUUUUUUGAUGACAUAUUAUCAGAUACCAAAUCUUUGUCGAGGCGUUGGAUAGAUGAAAGUGAAAAGUACGGAGAAUUAGCGAGACUCUUGAGAAACUUAAAGAAGAUUCAUGCUGAGUUCUACCGCGAGGAUAAGGAAGGACGUCGAGAGGUAAAGGAUGCGAUUGCUGAAGUAAAGAGACAGUCGAUCGGGUUUAAGUUUGAUAAAAACCUCAGAGCUGAAGUUCGAAUGGAGUUAGAAUUAUAUAAUUGGGGGUGUAAAUAA